AUGCCUUCUAUUCCUAUCGCGAGCUCAAGACGGCCCUCGGAGGUUCUGUACUCCCACCAUGCUUUCUCUCAGUCCCCUACCUCUGGCAACAUCGUCUACGGCUCAGUCGGCCGCUCAGCCUUUGCCGACGCGCUUAGCCUUUCUCCAGCAUUCUCCAACACCGACUCGGGAACUAGUCCCCACAGACCCUUCAUCCUUUCUCAGCGCCAAGCACAGAUCCUGGCUAACGAGGAAGCAGAUCUUCUUAACCAACAAUCUCAAAACUUUUUUGGUACAUCUCCAACUAGCUCAAAUGCAACACUGGCCCCAGGUGCUGCAAAUGCUCCUGGAGGUUCAAGAAACCCUUCUAUUGUGUCUUAUGGUGCUCUCGACCAGGCCUUUACUAACAUGACCAAUGACCAAGACGAACUUGAAGCAACUCUCACUCGCGUAGCAACUAUCAACAAAGCUUGGGAUGAGGCUGUCGAAAAGGGCCAAGCAAACACAUCUUACUCUAACGAAAUCAAAUAUCUUCUUAAAAGCUCAGGCCCUCUGAUUGUAACCUUCAUUCUUCAAAACUCUCUUACCGUUGCAUCUAUUUUUACAGUUGGCCAUCUCGGAAAGUCCGAGUUAGCUGCAGUCUCAUUAGCCUCUAUGACAGCAAAUAUUACUGGUUUUGCCUUAAUUCAGGGGUUGUCCACAUGUCUUGAUACGCUUUGUGCCCAAGCCUAUGGUGCAGGCAACUACGAACUCGUCGGCGAGUAUUUCCAAAAAUGCUCCAUUAUGAUUGCAUCUUGGUUUGCUCCCUUUGCUAUUCUCUGGGUUUAUUCCGAACCAUUAUUUGCUCUUAUUGUUGCCCAUGAUGAUCCCUCCCUCGCUCCCCUUGCAGCUUCUUAUCUCCGCGUUGUAUUGGUAGGCGUGCCUGGAUUCAUUGCGUUUGAGUGUGGUAAGCGCUUUGUCCAAGCACAAGGUAUUUACACUGCAUCAACAUAUGUUCUCUUUAUCUGUGCCCCUAUAAACAUUUAUCUCAACUAUUAUCUCGUUUGGUCACCAGUCAUUGGUGUUGGCUUUGUCGGUGCUGCUCUUGCUGUUGCCAUUACCCAAUGGCUCAUGGCUAUUCUUUUAUUCCUUUAUGUCCGUUUUGUUGACGGCAUGAGAUGUUGGAACGGUUUCUCUCUAAAUGUUUUUACUAACUGGGGUCCUAUGAUGAAGCUUGCUAUCCCUGGUGUAAUUAUGAUUGAGGCUGAAUUUUUUGCUUUUGAAAUUCUUACCUUUUGUGCAUCUAUCCUCGGCACCACUCCCCUUGCCGCUCAGUCCAUUCUCAUCACAACAUGUUCUUUCCUUUACCAAAUUCCCUUUGCUGUCAGUAUUGUGGCUUCUAAUCGCAUUGCCAACUUCAUUGGCGCCUCCGUUUCUGAUAAUGCUAAAAUAGCCAAAAAUGUGGUUAUUGUCUUUGGUAUUCUUAUUGGCAUAUUUGAUGGAACUAUUCUUUACGUUUUCCGCCACACUAUUGCAAGUGCAUUUUCUGAUGAUCCAGAGGUAACUGCUCUUUUCCUUCAUACCAUUAUCCCAUUUAUGUGCUCUACUUUUGUGGAUGCCCCUGGUGCUAUUCUUGGUGGUGUUCUCCGUGGGUUUGGCCGCCAAGCUAUUGGCGGGUAUCUUAACCUCUUUUUCUACUACGUAGUUGCGCUUCCCCUCGGCAUGAUUCUUGCUUUUAAGUUUGAACUGAGCUUAAGCGGAUUUUGGUUGGGUAUUUUUAUCGCUCUUCUUUCUAUUAACAUUUGUCAGUUCUUUUACGUCCAGAAAGUUGACUGGAAGGCCCUUGUUCAAGAAGCUGAAGAACGUCAAGGAGUUGAAGAAAUUACUCCUUAA